CCUAUUUACACAAUUUAAUGUCAAUGUGAUGAAAACAGUGUUCUCUUAUUUAUGCAUAAUUUUUACUGUUUACUAUUUUAUGUUUUCAUUCAACGUGAAAUCAAAAUUGAGCCUAUUUAUUUUCUUAAAACACAAAACUUGAGGGGGGAACGCCAACUAUUGCGAGGGAAUACAAAACUUUUUUGCAAUGGAACCCAAAAUAAUUGCGACGGUAUGCAAAACUUUUUGUGAGGCAACGCAAACUAUUUCAACGGAACGCAAAACAUUUGUGAGGCAACGCAAACUAUUUCAAAGGAACGCAAAACUUUUUGUGAGGCACCGCAAACUAUUUCAACGGAACUCAAAACAUUUUGUGAGGCACCGCAAACUAUUUCAACGGAACGCAAAACAUUUUGUGAGGCAACGCAAACUAUUUCAACGGAACGCAAAACAUUUUGUGAGGCACCGCAAACUAUUUCAACGGAACUCAAAACAUUUUGUGAGGCACCGCAAACUAUUUCAACGGAACGCAAAACAUUUUGUGAGGCAACGCAAACUAUUUCAACGGAAUGCAAAACAUUUUGUGAGGCACCGCAAACUAUUUCAACGGAACUCAAAACAUUUUGUGAGGCACUGCAAACUAUUUCAACAGAACGCAAAACAUUUUGUGGGGCACCGCAAACUAUUUCAACGGAACGCAAAACAUUGUGUGAGGCAACGCAAACUAUUACAAAGGAACGCAAAACUUUUUGUGAGGCAACGCAAACUAUUUAAAUGGAACGCAAAACUAUUUGUGAGGCAACGCAAACUAUUUCAACGGAACGCAAAACAUUUUGUGAGGCAACGCAAACUAUUUCAACGGAACGCAAAACAUUUUGUGAGGCACCGCAAACUAUUUCAACGGAACGCAAAACAUUUUGUGAGGCAACGCAAACUAUUUCAACGGAACGCAAAACAUUUUGUGAGGCAACGCAAACUAUUUCAACGGAACUCAAAACAUUUUGUGAGGCAACGCAAACUAUUUCAACGGAACGCAAAACAUUUUGUGAGGCAACGCAAACUAUUUCAACGGAACGCAAAACAUUUUGUGAGGCAAAGCAAACUAUUACAAAGGAACGCAAAACUUUUUGUGAGGCAACGCAAACUAUUUCAACGGAACGCAAAACAUUUUGUGAGGCACCGCAAACUAUUUCAACGGAACGCAAAACAUUUUGUGAGGCAACGCAAACUAUUUCAACGGAACGCAAAACAUUUUGUGAGGCAACGCAAACUAUUUCAACAGAACGCAAAACAUUUUGUGAGGCAACGCAAACUAUUUCAACAGAACGCAAAACUUUUUGUGAGGCAACGCAAACUAUUACAACAUAACGCAAAACUUUUUGUGAGGCAAAAUUUUAAUCGGUUCCAAAUGACGUUUCAUAUUGACUUUAUCACUUUUUAAAUAAUAUGUAAACACUGAAUUCUGUACCUUACAGUUUUUCUGAAAAUCAGAAUAAUCUAGACAUUUAAAUUAGGUUUUUAAGAAGAAAUGGAAAUGUUCUUUUAACUGUAAUUUAUAUUUGUGU